AUGUUACACUGUGGGGCGUGCAAGAAAUUUGUUUCGACGACAGGUAGCGCUGCCUGUUCUAGCUGCGCUAUUAGAUAUCACAAGGCAUGCCUGGGGCUGUCCGAGAAAGCAGUAAUAAAUAAGGACUGGGUUUGUCCUGGCUGCACAAAAAGUGUUCAGAGGGGCGACAAUAGCCAUACACCUGUGAGAAGCUUGGGUGUCACUCCUUCGGCGACAGAAUCAUCAUCUCAAACAGGUGUAUCGGGCGAUCUAUCAGGCAAUAAAGAGGAUCGACGAGACAGGGAGCUGGCCGAAUUCAUGGCGGAGAUGCGAGAGUUUCGAAAGGAAAUGACGUUGUUACGAGAAUCCUUAUCAGUGCGACUAGAUAACGUCGAACAGAGGUUGGUGGCAGUUGAGAGACAGAGGAGACAGCCGAGUUGA